AUGCCCAUAAAUAAAUUUAACACGUGUUUUAAAUUAUUAUUAUUAUCGGAAUCUACGAAUUAUACAUCUCAAGAUGUUGUUACCGAUGAUUACGGUGAUGGAAAAUUUCCUUCUUCUUUAAAUAAAUAUCCAAGUCCUUAUAAACCAGGCGCCCCUCAACAAUCGCCGCGUAAUUUGAAACCUAACGAUAUCGGUCAGAAACCAGUUGAUGAAUCUGAAAAAUCGGUACCCAAAGAUGAUUCCGUUCCUUGGCGUUCGAGAGAUAAAUCACCACGUUCGGGUUUUCCACGUCGUAAUUUACCUCUUGAAGAUAAUUUGAAAAAGGAUUUCGAAUCGAAACCUAAACCCUGGACCGAGGAAACGAUUACUUUGAAAAAGACAAAUAUUGAAAAAAGAGAAAUAGAAAAAGAAAAAUUGGAAACGGUGGAUUUAAAACCUUUUGACAAAAAACAAAAAUUGGAAACGACAAAAAGUGAUGAAACGACGACGCAAAAAUUAACAUCGAAAACUAAAUUUGACGAAACGGAAGAUCGAAUCAUAAAAAAAUAUGACGUGACCGAGGAAGAAGAAGAAGAAGAAGAAAUUGGAGAAAAAACAAAACCGAAAGGAAUUCCUUGGAAACGAGGACUUAAAAAAUUAAAAGAAUCAAAACUCGAACAGAUAAAAGAUACGACGAAAAUUAGAGACAGGAGUUUGGAUUCGUUACAAAAAGCUACGGAUGACAAUAAGAGAAAGCCGAAGCUAACAGGAAAAUAUCAAACGGAUGAAACUGUGGAAAGACCGUUUGGCGGAAGGCGAACUAGUUUGCACGAUCAUAUCGAAGAGGAAGAGAAAAAGCAAAUGAAGCAAGUUCCUUGGACAAAGCAAAUGCCGACUCUUAAACGUACCGCGCCGCAAGUAAAAGAAAUACCAAAAGAAACACUUGAGGAAGUCACACUAAAACCUACAGUUUUAGAAAAAAAAUUGCCCACGAAAGAAAAACUUCCCGACGUCGACUUGAAACCGGUUGAAAAACAAGAUAAGAAUAAAUUAAAAGAAGAAAUUAAAACGAAAAUGGAAAGCGAUAUUAAAAAAAUAUUAACUGAUAAAGAAAAAAAAUUAAAAUCGAUUAUAAAAGAAAAAUCUGUGGAUUCUGAUAACGAAGAUAAUAAACGAAAAAGGGUUGAUUUCUUAAAAGAAGUUGAAGAGGUUUUAAUAUCGCCAUUGAAUGAUGAUGUACCUAAAAAUGAAAAAUACAUCAUGACGGAAGACUCGGAAAUAUUAAAAACAAAAACUGAUGAAACAAUCGAUCAAACCUUACAUCCCUUCAACAAAAAAAUAAUACGGCAAAAAACACCCAUAAAAAAAUCUAUUGAAGAAGAUGAAAGUUAUUGGCGUAAAGAAAAAAAUAAAAUAAAAGAUGUGGAAGAAAAUGAAGGAAUACAUUUGAAAAUCAAACAAGAUGAAUAUGAUACAGAACCAACAGACGAAAAAGAAGAUACUGAAGAAGAACGAAAGGAUGAAAAAACACUUCCGUGGAAACGUGGUAAAAAACCAUCCGAAUUAAAACCUCAAAAAGCAGAAGAAAGUUCAGUAGAAUCCGAAAAACCACAUCAAGUUACUUUGAAACCGGUGAAGCGACCACAACCGAAAGAACACGUACCCGAACAAAUCGAAAAAGUAGAAUUGAAACCAGUUGUGAAAGUCAAACAUGAAGAUAAACCUGAAGAAAUGGAAAAAGUUGAAUUGAAACCUGUCGAAAGAGACGAACCGGAGGAAGAUAAAGCACCUGACGAUAAACGAAAACCCAAACAAAAGCGAAAGAAACCUGGAUUAAAAGAUAUAGAGUCACCGGAUGAAGUAGAACUAGAAAAGUAUGAGCCAUUCGAAAAAGACGAUAAAGUUCCGGAACCAAAAGAAGAAACGAAAUUACCUUGGCAACGUGGCAAGAAGCCCGAAAAACCUGUAAACGUCGUCCGAAACCAGGAAGAAAAAGAAACAGUACAAUUAAAACCCUUCAAAAAAGAUAAACCCGAAGACACCAAGAAAGAUGAUGAUUCGAAACCAAUUAAAUUUACUCCAAAACCAUUAGAUGAAGGCGACAACGUAGAUCUCUUGCCUUAUGAUCGAAAAGAACCAGAAGGCGAAAAACAAGACGAGAAACCCUUACCCUGGCGACGUGGUAAAAAGCCGCGCGAACCAUCUGAAGAUAAACCAGAAGAAAUAUCUAAAGAACCGGAAAAGCCUCAUCAGGUAACAUUGAAACCAGUCAAACGACCACAACCCAAAGAACACGUACCCGAACAAAUCGAAAAAGUAGAAUUGAAACCGGUUGUGAAAGUCAAACAUGAAGAUAAGCCAGAAGAAAUGGAAAAAGUUGAAUUGAAACCCGUUGAAAGAGACGAACCGGAGGAAGAUAAAACACCUGACGAUAAACGAAAACCGAAACAAAAGCGAAAGAAGCCUGGACUCAAGGAUAUUGAGUCACCCGAUGACGUAGAACUAGAAAAGUAUGAACCGUUCGAAAAAGACGAUAAAGUUCCGGAACCAAAAGAGGAAACGAAAUUACCUUGGCAACGUGGCAAGAAGCCAGAUAAACCUGUUGAAGAAGAUAAGAAACCGGAAUGGACUAUAACGAGGAAACCGAAACCAGAAAAACCGGAAGAAGAUGUUGAAUUCAUGAAAGGUAAACGUCGUCCGAAACCAGAGGAAGAAAAAGAAACAGUACAAUUAAAACCCUUCAAAAAAGAUAAACCCGAAGACACAAAGAAAGACGAUGAUUCGAAACCAAUUAAAUUUACUCCAAAACCAUUAGAUGAAGGCGACAACGUAGAUCUCUUGCCUUAUGAUCGGAAGGAACCAGAAGGCGAAAAACAAGACGAGAAAACCUUACCCUGGCGACGUGGUAAAAAGCCGCGCGAACCAUCUGAAGAUAAACCAGAAGAAAUAUCAAAAGAACCGGAAAAGCCUCAUCAGGUAACAUUAAAACCGGUCAAGCGACCUCAACCUAAACAACACGUCCCAGAACAAAUCGAAAAAGUGGAAUUGAAACCGGUUGUGAAAGAUAAACCAGAAGAAAUGGAAAAAGUUGAAUUGAAACCGGUCGAAAGAGAAGAACCGGAGGAAGAUAAAACACCUGACGAUAAACGAAAACCGAAACAAAAGCGAAAGAGGCCUGGACUCAAGGAUAUUGAGUCACCCGAUGACGUAGAACUAGAAAAGUAUGAACCGUUCGAAAAAGACGAUAAAGCUCCGGAACCAAAAGAAGACGUGAAAGUGCCCUGGCAACGUGGCAAGAAGCCAGAUAAACCUGUUGAAGAAGACAAGAAACCGGAAUGGACUAUAACGAGGAAACCGAAAACAGAAAAACCGGAAGAAGAUGUUGAAUUUAUGAAGGGAAAACGUCGUCCGAAACCGGAAGAAGAAAAAGAAACAGUACAAUUAAAACCCUUCAAAAAAGAUAAACCCGAAGACACCAAGAAAGAUGAUGAUUCGAAACCAAUUAAAUUUACUCCAAAACCAUUAGAUGAAGGCGACAACGUAGAUCUCUUGCCUUAUGAUCGAAAAGAACCAGAAGGCGAAAAACAAGACGAGAAAACCUUACCCUGGCGACGUGGUAAAAAGCCGCGCGAACCAUCUGAAGAUAAACCAGAAGAAAUAUCAAAAGAACCGGAAAAGCCUCAUCAGGUAACAUUGAAACCAGUCAAACGACCACAACCGAAAGAACACGUACCCGAACAAAUCGAAAAAGUAGAAUUGAAACCAGUUGUGAAAGUCAAACAUGAAGAUAAACCUGAAGAAAUGGAAAAAGUUGAAUUGAAACCUGUCGAAAGAGACGAACCGGAGGAAGAUAAAACACCUGAUGAUAAACGAAAACCGAAACAAAAGCGAAAGAAACCAGAAUUAAAGGAUAUUGAGUCACCCGAUGACGUAGAACUAGAAAAGUAUGAGCCAUUCGAAAAAGACGAUAAAGUUCCGGAACCAAAAGAAGAAACGAAAUUACCUUGGCAACGUGGCAAGAAGCCAGAUAAACCUGUUGAAGAAGAUAAGAAACCGGAAUGGACUAUAACGAGGAAACCGAAACCAGAAAAACCGGAAGAAGAUGUUGAAUUCAUGAAAGGUAAACGUCGUCCGAAACCAGAGGAAGAAAAAGAAACAGUACAAUUAAAACCCUUCAAAAAAGAUAAACCCGAAGACACAAAGAAAGACGAUGAUUCGAAACCAAUUAAAUUUACUCCAAAACCAUUAGAUGAAGGCGACAACGUAGAUCUCUUGCCUUAUGAUCGGAAGGAACCAGAAGGCGAAAAACAAGACGAGAAAACCUUACCCUGGCGACGUGGUAAAAAGCCGCGCGAACCAUCUGAAGAUAAACCAGAAGAAAUAUCAAAAGAACCGGAAAAGCCUCAUCAGGUAACAUUGAAACCAGUCAAACGACCACAACCGAAAGAACACGUACCCGAACAAAUCGAAAAAGUAGAAUUGAAACCGGUUGUGAAAGUCAAACAUGAAGAUAAGCCAGAAGAAAUGGAAAAAGUUGAAUUGAAACCCGUUGAAAGAGACGAACCGGAGGAAGAUAAAACACCUGACGAUAAACGAAAACCUAAACAAAAGCGAAAGAAACCAGAAUUAAAGGAUAUAGAGUCACCCGAUGACGUAGAAUUAGAAAAGUAUGAGCCAUUCGAAAAAGAUGAUAAAGUUCCGGAACCAAAAGAAGAGGUGAAAGUGCCCUGGCAACGUGGCAAGAAGCCCGAAAAACCUACAGAAGAAGAUAAGAAACCGGAAUGGACUAUAACGAGGAAACCGAAAACAGAAAAACCGGAAGAAGAUGUUGAAUUUAUGAAGGGAAAACGUCGUCCGAAACCGGAGGAGGAAAAAGAAACAGUACAAUUAAAACCCUUCAAAAAAGAUAAACCCGAAGACACCAAGAAAGAUGAUGAUUCGAAACCGAUUAAAUUUAGGCCUAAACCUUCGGAUGAACAACCUGAACAGGUUGUGUUGAAAUCGAUAAAGAGGCCUCAACCAAAGGAAGUCGCUCCUGAGGAAGUCGAAAAAGUUGAAUUGAAACCAGUGAAGAAAAUCAAGCCGGAUGAAAAACCAAAAUCCGAUGAGAUCAUCAAGUCCUUCGUUCAAGACGUUGCGGAUGAGGAGAAGAUGGAAUCCGAAUCGAUUGUCGUGGAACAAACGAAAAAAGUUAUCAAAAAGAUUUUAAAGAAACCUAAAGGGGAAUUACCGACUCCGCCGAGGUUUAUCGAAAGGUUACAACCCGUUGUAGUGAAUCCUGGUAAACCUGCCGUUUUCGUUUGUAAAGUUGAGGGGCAACCUUUUCCAAACCUUUCUUGGUAUCAUAGUGAGGUUGAACUUUUCCCUUCGGAAAAUUAUGUCAUGACUUUGGUUGAUGAUACUGCUACUCUUGAAAUAAUAAGACCUGAACCUCAACACGUUGGAAUGUAUUCUUGUAGAGCCUCGAAUCCAGCGGGUGUAGCAACAUCAACUGCUAAUUUUAUUAUUUUAGAAAAACAAGAAAGUGGCAUCGCUCCCCAUUUCACCGAGCCGCUUAAACCCAAAGCUACGGAUGAAGACAAACCUGUCACGCUCACGUUUACCGUCGAAGGAAAACCUAUGCCUGAAGUUAAAUGGUUUAUCGACGAACGUGAGAUAAUCGAAGACGAAAGAAGAGAAAUUAAAUACGAUAAGAAAACGGGUAAAGGAUUCAUGAAAAUACACAAAGCGAAACUCGAAGAUGAAGUUAUUUACAGGUGCCAAGCUGUAAACAAAUUCGGAAAAGCCGAAUGCAGGUCUAACAUAAUAGUUAACAAGCGCACGAAAGAAAAGAAGGCACCCAAAAUGAAACCGCCGAAAAUAACGAAACCUUUGGAAGCUACUUUUGUUACGGUCGGAGACGAGACGAUUCUCGACGUUGAAUUCGACGGAACGCCGAAACCACAAAUCAAAUGGUUUAAAAACAACGUGGAAAUAACGGAAAAAGAAAAAAUAAUCAUUGAAGAAAAUAAAACGAUACAUAAAAUAAGAAAAGUUAAAAAACAAGAUGGCGGAAAAUACGAAGUUAAAGCUGUUAAUCCGGUCGGAGAAGCUAAAACUUCGGCAACUCUUAGAGUUACCGAUAGGAAAACAUCCGAAGAAAAAGAAGUCAAACCACCGAGAUUUAUAAAAGCUUUGAAACCCCAAUACGUUGCCGAAGGUGAAGUCGUCAUUUUAGAAGCCACCGUCGAAUCUUAUCCAACGUGUUCAUUCCAGUGGUACCAACGAUCGACUCCAAUUAAAUCAUCUCCGGAAUAUCGAAUCGUCGAAGAACCCAAUCGUAGCGUUUUGAUAAUAAAACAAUCGAAACCGGAAGACGUAGGUGACUACACGUGUCGAGCGGAAAAUGUCGUCGGUUCCGUCACGAGUACGGCAACACUUUCCAUCGUCGAAGAAAUCGAAUGGGAAGAAGUAACCGAAUUUAAAUCACCUUAUUUCGUCGAACCCAUAACGAGUCAACGUGUCAUGGACGGUGAAAAAGUAUUAUUCACCUGUCAGGUAGAGGGUAAACCGAUACCUCACGUUGAAUGGUACCACAACAACACUCCGAUUCACGAAUCCAAGGAAACGACAAUUUUCCAAGACACGGAAGGUGUUUGUUAUUUGGCCAUGAAUGAAGUUUUUCCCGAAGAUGCUGGAGAAUACACUUGCACGGCUGUUAAUAAAUUAGGUGAAGCGGUUUGUUCGGCAUCGCUGGUUGUCGAAGCUUACGAAUACGUACCUGAUUCUGAAAUCGCUUCUGUUUUGGUAACCAUGCAAAGUGGAUCAGAAGAAGAUUUACUCGAGGAAAAAGUUAGUAAUAGACUUCAUAAAUUACUCGAAGAAAUUUUCGAAGAAAACAGUCCUCAGUUCAUUGAGGAAUUAGAUGAAAAAAUAAUUCUUCAAGUCGGAGAACAAAAAAGGCUCAAAGUUAAAGUGAACGGUAAGCCCAAACCUAAAAUAUCUUGGCUCAAAGACGGCGUGCAAAUAGAACCGUCGCCGGAAUUCAUCGUGGAAGAAUACGAAGAUGGAACUUCGAUACUCACGAUAACGGAAGUGUAUCCAGACGAUAUCGGAGAGGUAACGGUUGUCGCCGAGAAUCCACUUGGCGUCGCCACUAUAUCAACAGUCCUGGAAGUAGAAGAUGAACUAGACGAAAUGAAAAAGCCGAAACAAAGAGUUGCGAAAAAAGUUGAAGAACGAAAAGUUUUACACAAAGCCAAACAAACAGCGCCGAAAUUCAUCGAAAACAUUGUAAACAAAGAAACCGUUGAGGGAGAAAAAGUUGAAUUCGUUUGCACGUACGAGGGAACUCCGACUCCCGACAUAAAAUGGUACAAAAACGAUAAACUACUGACAAACACGAAAGACGUUAAAAUAGAUUACAAUAAGCAGAAGACGACUUGCGUCAUAGAAGAAGUUAAAAAAGAUGACGAAGGUACUUACAUUUGCAAAGCGACGAGCGACAAAGGUUUGGCCGUGACCAAAGCUAAACUCACCGUCAAAGAUGACGAAGAAGAAAUCGAAGAAGAAACGAUCAUAACAAAAACGAUUAAAAAAAUGAAAAAACCAAAAAAAGCGGAAGAAAAAGAAGACAAACCGGAAGAAGAAACGACGGAAGAAUUCGUUGAAAAAUUAAAACCCGUCAAAGCGAAACCGAGAUUUGACGUUGCCGAACCUUUGGAAACUUCGGCCGUUGCGUCGAUGAAAAAAAUGGAUAAAAAAGAAGAAGAGGUGAAAGAAGAAAAAGCGGAAAAAGUUUUACCCGUUCGUGAACCCGUCACGAUUUCCGAAACUCAACCGGUCGAAGAAGUCAAAGACGUGACUCGAAAGAGUAAAACACCUAAAAAAGCCAAAGAAUUGACGGAAGAAGAAAAAACGAGGGAAAAAGUCACGACGACGAAAACUCUAACGCGAAUACUGAGAGAAGCGACGGAAUCGACGGAAGUCGAAGAUGUUUUACAAACCGUAAAAGCGAAAGAAUUCGGUCCGGGUGAAAAACCACUUAAAGAAUUGGCACAAAUCGGUUUCAUGGUUAAAAAAGGAGUGUCCGUAAGCGAAAUACAAGAACUUUACAAUUUGGAAAAAUUUCCAGAGUUGAGAAAACCCGAAUCCCAAUCCGCGCUGGUACAAGUCGUCGAAAGAAAAGGUCACAGUCCGAUAAUAACGGAAGUUUUAACGCAGGAAACGGCGAUCGACGAAACGACCGCAUCCACGAUCGGUUUCAAAGCUUUCAUGAGAAUGAUCGAAUUGAAUUAUGCGACGGUCGAAGAAGUUUUAACGAAUUUGGCUCCGGAAGAUUUCAAACCUGAAUCGUGGACUUUCACGAGAGCCAUACAAACGACGACAUCUAACGAAGUUCGAGAAACAGCGGAAUUGAUAAGGAGAGAAAUUCAAGGUACACGGCUCGUUGAUAAUACGAUUGAUUGGCUUCCGGAUCGCUUUACAAAAAUUACCGUGUUUCAUUUCACAAUGCUUUUGCUGUAUUUUUUUGUGUCGCAAGUUUGCGUUCGAACUAAACCGACAACAACCUUUGAUACCAUUUAA